CGAAGUAAUGCUUUUACGUCGAGAGAGAAAAGGCCCCGGGCUACCGCGCGCGGAGCAAAUAGAGGUCUACUUGGACUUGGGCUUGCGCGUCGUCGACUGGUACGCGUAUGCGCCGAUGAUGACCGAGAAGAUGCCGAGGUUCUGCUUGAACGCGGCGUCCGGGGCAAUGCCGUCCUGCUGGAGCCGGAUGCUGUUGACGAGGAAGAAGCUCCACGUCACGGCGGUGGCGAUGUCCAUCUUCUUCAUCAGCUCCGCGCGCGUGUUCUUGGCGUUGCGGAUGAUGAACGUGAUGACGAUAAUCGUCAGGCAGAGCAGGCCCAUGAUGCUCGCGAGCGCCAGCACGGAAUCAUUAUUGGCCAACGCGGCGCCGUCGACGAAGUUCUCCGUGAGCCACCACUCGGGGAAUGCGAGCAGCGACACGGCGUAGAACGUCUGCGCGACCUUCUCGAGCCAGUCGAUCUUGGUCCUGUGUUGUGUGCGAGGGUGACGGCGCGGCGGGAAGCGGUGCGCGAGUUGCGGCGGGGCGUGGGAGUGCGGCGGUCGCGUCGACGGCGCGGCGGCGCGGCGAGACUCCUUGUGGGAGCGAUGGCGGGAAGCGAGAACGUGUGGGUCUGAGGCGGUUUCGCUGUCUGCGCAGCUUCCAAUUGCUCAGAAGUUGAGAAUUGGUGUCUGGCAUUCGAUUCGCGACUCUUCCGACGCGUCCCCGACGGGGCGCAGCUCGCUCCCCGCGUUGGCGCGCGCUAGACGUUUCUAUUCAGUGCCCCACGACGCGCGCCCGCGCGCAAGUUAUGAGUCAGGCGCUGGCUUGGCACAGCUUCAAGGCCGGCAUUAUGGCUUCCUUUUCUCCUUAACUAUUGUGGUGAUCGAGAGCGGAGCAAGGACACUUUUUCAGCGGCG